AUGGAUAAAAACACCAAAUUCGAAGAUUUACCAAAUGAAAUUUUCUUCGAAAUAUUUGAUCAUUUAGAUGCAUUUGAAAUUUUUACUGGUUUUACUUUAUUAAAUAAACGUAUGUCGUCUAUAUUACAAUUAAUUCCACUUCAUCUUGUUAUUUCAUCAAAUUAUUCUCGUCGUCAAGUUAAUUUUAUUUCUUCACAUCUUACUUUUCAUGCUCAACAAGUUAUUUCGAUACAAAUUUAUGAUAAAAUUUGUGCUUAUUCAUCUAUUAUGAAUUUAUUAUUUUAUCGACACAAUUUUAUUAAUCUUAAAUCAUGUACUUUGAUUGCAAAUACUUUCUCAACACAACAUGAAAAUGUUAUUAAAAGAAUUAAGACUCUAAAUAAACUUGUUACAUCUACUAAUCAUGCAUCAAAAUCAUAUGGUUUAUAUGAAACUGAUGAACAAACCUUAACUCCAACUAUGCUCAUGCAACAAUUAUCUAUUCGUUCAAUUGAACUUAAUUAUAUUUCUACUUAUUGGAAAAUAUUAAACUAUAUCUCAAUACCUUCAAAUCUGGUAUCAUUUAAAUUAUGUAUAUCUGGUUUUGGGUUAAAAACAUCUGUUUAUUCAAUUUUAUCAUUUGUUCGUCUUUGUCAUACAAUUCGAUAUUUAAGUAUCACAGUGUCAAACGGUAAUCAAUUUGCAAAUAUUGAUAUCGAUCUUCUACUUCCAAGAGAUCCUAUUAAUGAAGAUAAUCUUGUUAUUUUACCACAUAUUAAAUAUUUUAAUUUAGACAUUCUCUCUACUUGGAAAUCUCUUUCAAUUGGUUCUAUUUUAAUUUGUAUGCCUAAUCUGAUGCAUUUUUAUUUUCACAUCGUGAUACAGAAAACUAAUUGCCCAUUUAGUCGUAAUUUACUUUAUGCUGAUAAGUGGCGAACAAUGUUAGAAUAUAAUGCUCCACAUUUAUCUAAAUUUGAAUUUGAUAUAAGAAUUUACACGAAAAAAUAUGUUAAUUGGAAUAUAAUUAUUGAUCGAUGGAUAUGUAAUAAUCAAUCUCGAGAUGUAUUUGUUAUGUUACGUACAUUAAAUUAUCGAAAAUAUAAAACAAAUUUAUUCAUGAAAAUUCCUGUUAUUAAUAUUGGUGCGUUUACAAGAUGGUCAACAGCACCAAAUAAUCAUCAUCUUUUUUAUUCUGAUAUUGAAAAAGUAUCAAUAUUGAUUACAGAGGAAACACCAUUGAUAACAUUGGCUUCUCCUUGUUUUCAACAAAUUAAACAUCUCAUUGUAGAAAUAUCAACGAUAGAUCCAUCAAUGUGGAUUACUGCACCCAAUAUUGAUGAGUGUAAUAAAAAACUUGAUAAUAUUGUAAAACAAAAUGUUAGUUAUCUUUCAUAUUUUGUUCAAUUAUCAAAUGUAUCUCAAAUAGAAUUUGGAUCAACAUUUGAUAUAUCUAGAUGGAGAGAUGCUCAAUUUAUUUUACAAGGAUGUUCAAAUAUAAUUCAUCUUAUAAUUCGUACUGAAUUAUUAGUUUCAUCAGAAUUUAUUAAUAGUACAUAUCUUAUUCCAAUAUUUAAACAAAUUAAAUCGAUUAAAUCAAUAAACAAAAGCAUUUAUUUUCCUUCAAAUUUAACAUUAAAACUUGUUCAACGUUUUCCAUUACUUACUCAUAGUGAACUUCAAGUCUACUCAUUUGACGAUUGUACAUCUAUUAUUGAAAUAUUUCUAAGUUGGCUGAAAAAUUUAUCGUAUCUUAAAAUUAAGUAUGAUCGAGACACAUUACGUUAUAAUCCUUUUUCAUAUGAUUAUAUUCUUGAAAAACGUCGUCAAAUAUAUACAAAUAAUAGUUUUCAUCAAGAAAUGAUAGAUAUGAAAAAUCAUAAAGGAACAAUUGAAAUUUGGUUGUCUUAA